GAUACACGGCAUUAAUGGCGCGUCCGACCGAAGAAGACUCCUUCAAGUGCGAGCCUCGCGCACUUGCUCUUUGGAUCUAGAGCUUAUAUAUUAAGCAUCAGAACUUAUCAUAAAUAUCCACCCAGUCUUAGUCUACGAGCCAGUCCACGCACGCACUACUAUAUACCUUACAUAUGGCCUUGUCGUACACUGCACAACAGACGAUCAAGUAUCUUCAAGUUGCGCCGGCCGCGAUCUGGAUACUCGAUUAUUUUUUGACUUUUGAACAUGAAGUCCGCCUGUUCAGCAACAUAAGCUGCUGGAACAUUGUCACUGUCAUGUUCAUCCUAGCUAGAUAUGCUCCCGUAAUAUGGAUCAUCACUCAAAUAUAUCCCGCAGAAGGUCUGCUUCUCCUUAUCGUUGUCGCCAUGGUCAUUUGCGAUAUACUUCUGGCGCUUCUGCUCGAAAACAUAUGUGUGCCUACAUCGACUCUGAUGGUUUCAGAGUUUACGAAAAUGGAAGACCUGAUAAUGGGCAAGUUUGUUAGCGCAGCACUGUUUGAACUCAUAGUGAUCACUCUUAUAAUGUAUCAUUCAAUACGACUACGCUCUGAUGGUAUACGCUCCGAGAUCGGUAGAGUGACGUCAACCUUGUUGAAGGGAAGUUUGCUAUAUGCACUGUCGCUUCUUGUUUCUUUUACUUUGCCGGCCUCAUCGCAGGAGCAGGGUGGAAUCAUAGUUGUGUUCCAAGGUGUCUUGCAUAGUGUCUUGGCUUCGCGUGUUCUUUUUGAUCUAAGGGAUCUGAGGGAUACAGGUCAAGAUGAAGAACACGACUAUUUAUUCACCUCAUAUAUCCCUUCCUCGCACUCAGCGCGCAUCACAAACGAUACCAAUGACUGUCUUAGAUGCCGAAAGUAAUGCAUGAUUAUGCCUCACCGUGUACAACGUCAAUAUCGCACGCACACAUGUCGCAAUCCUGAAACACAUAACAACCGCUCGAAUCACCGCACCCUGCAUAUCUCGUUC